GCCGAUGGGCGGCGGCGGCUCCAGGUCCCUGCCCGGGCGCGGCACUGCGCAGUCCGCCCUCCCAGUCGCAGGGGCGCUCCUGAGCUUCGCGGGGCCGCCUCCAGGGCUGCCUGCGCGGAGGGCCGGCCGCGGCCGACGUGGGUGUUAAGUGUCCGCCCCGGUCGGCUACCCGGAGCCAAGAGCGGGCGGUGGAGCCUGAGCGGGACGUGGCCACGCUGGCGCGGCGGGUCCAAGCCCGCCAUUGGUCGGCUUCCGUUACGCCGCUGGUGUGGAGUAGGGCGGAGCGCGGAACGCGAGGAGCUGCUGGGGUGUGUGUCGCAGCGGGUUUUCCUCGGCGGUUUGCGGAGCUGCUAGGAUGGAGCAGGUUGCGGAGGGAGCGAGUGUGACCGCAGCUCCUGUGUCAGCUGCCGACAGCACUGAGGAGUUGGCCGAAGUCGAAGAAGGAGUUGGAGUAGUGGGCGGGGAUAAUGACGCAGCCGCGAGAGGAGCGGAGGCCUUUGGCGACAGUGAGGAGGACGGAGAGGAUGUGUUCGAGGUGGAGAAGAUCCUGGACAUAAAGACCGAGGGGGGUAAAAUUCUUUACAAAGUUCGCUGGAAAGGCUAUACAUCGGGUGACGAUACCUGGGAGCCCGAGACUCACCUGGAGGACUGUAAAGAAGUGCUUCUUGAAUUUAGGAAGAAAAUUGCAGAGAACAAAGCCAAAGCAGUCAGGAAGGAUAUUCAGAGACUAUCCUUAAAUAAUGACAUAUUUGAGGCGAACUCUGAUAGCGGUCAGCAAAGUAAGACAAAAGAAGAUACUUCCCCAAAGAAGAAAAAGAAAAAAUUAAGGCAGAGAGAGGAGAAAAGCCCAGAUGAUCUGAAAAAGAAAAAAGCAAAGGCCGGGAAGCUAAAAGACAAGUCCAAACCAGACCUGGAGAGCUCCUUGGAAAGUUUAGUUUUUGAUUUAAGGACAAAGAAAAGAAUUUCUGAAGCCAAAGAAGAACUAAAGGAGUCCAAAAAGCCCAAAAAAGAUGAAGUAAAAGAAACAAAGGAAUUAAAGUUAAAAAGGGUGAAAUAAGAGAUUUAAAGACGAAAACAAGAGAAGAUCCCAAAGAAAAUAGAAAAACAAAAAAAGAAAAUUUGUCGAAUCCCAGGUGGAAUCUGAAUCAAGUGUACUUAAUGAUUCCCCCUUUCCGGAGGAUGACAGUGAAGGGCUACAUUCCGACAGCAGAGAAGAGAAACAAAACACUAAAAGUGCAAGAGAGAGAGCAGGGCAGGACACGGGGCUGGAGCAUGGCUUUGAGAAGCCCCUAGACAGUGCCAUGAGUGCUGAGGAGGAUACCGAUGUCAGAGGCAGGAGGAAAAGAAGACCACGAGAAAGGUUGAGGACACUAGAGAGAGCAGGAAGCGAGAGAACAAGAACGCUUUCUUAGAGAGGAAAACUGUGCCUAAAAAGCAGAGGAAUCAAGACAGAGGCAAAAGUGCUGCAGAGUUAGAGAAGCUGAUGCCUAUAUCUGUCCAAACGCCAAAGGGCUGGAGGUUGAGCGGGGAAGAGAGAGGCCUCUGGUCCAUGGACUCAGCCGAGGAGGUAAGGGCCACGGGAGGCAGCAGAAAACCCGUGUUGAGUGGCCAAGACAUUUCACAAGCAAGGAAAGGGAAACAGUCAGGCUAUAAGAAAGUGUUUAUGACCAUGGGCGGUCAUAAAUGAAGAUCCUCCAGCUUUUGGACACUGCAGCUUAUCUCUUAGUCUCUGGUUUGUUUCUCUUAUAAUGAUUUUGACUAGAAAAUUAAAGGCUAAUUUGUGAGCAAAAAUCAGGAUGGUUUUUAGAGGUACUCAGAUGAUAUAUGGAGCAUUGUAUACUCAGGUUUAUAGCUUCAUCAGCUUAUUUUAUUAGCUUUUCACAUCCUGCUUGGUCAUUUCCCCUGUUGUCUUGAGUAUACCGCUAUUAAAUAAUAGGACACAAACCACAUUAACCAGUAUUUUAAUGCUUAUAAAAAUGUAUUUAAUAGAGAAUUUGUCCCAUUAUAAAAAUUAUUUUUAUAUGGCUUUGCAAAAUGGAUAUAUUUUCCAAAUUAUGAGAGUAUUUAUAUAUGCAGUAUUUAUCAAGGGCUAUAAAAAACAUCAUUUUUUUCAUCCAUUAUUUCCAGUUUUGGGAAUUUAUUUUAAGGAAAUCAUUUUAAAGAAGGAAAAGCUGUGCAUACGUAGUUAAUUAUGGGAGUAUUAUCUUCAUUAGUGCUACAGCAAAAUUGAACAACUUAGAAAAUGCAGUGGAGAAGAAAAACCCUACAUAAAUGUGAACACAGUCAUGUAAAAAUAUGUGCGUAAUGUAAGCAAAAAUGAAUUUUAAAAAAGAUUAUGCAUGUAAAAGUACAAGGACCAGAAGGGGGAACAUGGAGAAGUAAAAUAGUCAUGGUUGGUUAAGACUAUGGGUGGAAAACUUUCUUAGAAUUUUCUUUUUUUUUUUAAUAAUAAAAUUCCUAAAAGAGGGUUGGAAAA